CAACGACAGAACAUGUUCACCCUUAAAAAGCGCAUAAUAGCAAAGCCAGAACAUGUUCAUUCAAACAAAUGCGCAUGUUAGCAUCACUCAUAAAAAUCUUACCUUUAUCGUCUUCUCCCCGUGUCUCUCUCUGUAAUCUUCCUGUUACGAUACUAUUUCAACCCCCUUUCCCUUCAACACAUCAUCUUCAACCUCUCUCUCUCUAACACGAUGGGAUUACUCGAUCUCGAGAAACACUUCGCAUUCUACGGAGCUUACCACAGCAACCCAAUCAACAUCCUCAUCCACAUCAUCUUCGUAUGGCCCAUCGUCUUCACAGCCUUGCUUCUCCUCUACCCUGCCUCCCCAAUUUACGACCUUUCUCAAUUAGGGUUUCCUCAGACGCUUACCCUCGACGGCGUUUUACGGUUAGACGUUGGGUUUCUCGUCACGGUGGCUUAUGCUCUGUUUUAUAUCUGUUUGGAUAAGAAAUCUGGGUUUGUCGCGGCUCUCAUGUGUUUCGCUUGUUGGGUUGGUUCCAGUGUCCUCGCUGAUCGUUUAGGACCUUCUCUUUCCGUAAAGGUUGGGUUAGCAUCGCAGCUGUUAUGUUGGACUGGGCAGUUUCUUGGCCAUGGAUUGUUUGAGAAACGAGCACCUGCGCUAUUAGACAAUCUAGCUCAAGCGUUUCUCAUGGCUCCUUUCUUCGUGUUGCUCGAGAUUCUUCAAAUGGUUUUCGGGUAUGAGCCAUAUCCUGGUUUUCAAGCUCGUGUGAGUGCCAAGGUAGAAAGUGGCAUAAAGGAAUGGAGAGAAAAGAAGGAAAACAAGAAGAAUAAGCUCACAUAAGCUUUGGAUUCUAUAGUUGAAGAACCUAAACCCAUUGUAAUGUUAAGAAUCCCAUAUAAUAACAACAUGAUCACCAUUGAUUGAUGGAAUUGUGUAAGUAUGUUUCAUUAUUAUAUUGAAG